UUGGUUUGCGUUUUGCGGGCCAACGCGUGGAGGUGCUAGCCCAGGGGCGCCUCUUAUCCCAGGCUUGGGUGUGCCUGCCUCAGGCCCUUCCAGCCAGGGUGGGUGGUGUCGCGCCAACCCCGGGCCGGGCCACCUCUUGGGUGAGGCGCCUUUCUUCAGCUGUCGGGCCUCCGCCGCUCCCAGGAGGGCGGGAUCCACGCCAGAGUUUGCGAGGUGCUGCUGCCGCUGCGGAACCAGGUUGGGGCAUGUCGGCGGGCUGGCUGCGUGAGCGAGCGAGGAGCGACCGGCGGCGGCCGAGAGCAGCGCGGCGGAGGUCUGGCCGGCCGGCGGGCCGUGAGGCGGCGCCUGCGAUGCCCAGGAGCUGGCCGAGCCCGCCCCUCGAGGAUGGCUGCCGAGGGCUGGCGCUGGAGUGAAGCAGGCCGCCCCCCGGGGACCCCCCGCGCCUGCCCCCGUCGGGCCGUGAGCGUCUGCGAGUCCCUGGACCACCUGCACGGGGUCCCCGCCGUCCAGGCGGCGCUGCGGGCGGCCGAGCGGCAGAGGCACCGGCCCAAGAGCCUCUGCUCCGUGGGCAACGGGCUGGACCGCAGCCCCCUCUGCGCCGCCGAACCCCCCACCCGCGCCCGGAGCGGCUUGCUGGAAUUCCUGCGCGUCCGCUUGCCCCGGCGGCUCGAGGAGGCCCCCACCGGCACGGCCGGCCUGCCCCCCUGCUCGCCCCCCUGCUCCUCCUCCGAGGGCGGCGGGGCCUUCCUGCGGGGCGGCUCGCUGUGGAGCAGCCGGCGCUGGCAUCUCUUUGGGGGCCGCGGCGGCGAGGGGGCGCGCAAAGGCUUCAGCGCCCUGCGCAAGAGUUUCAGCUUCCGCUUGCGCCGGGGCCAGGAGUUGACCCGGUCGGGCUCCGGCCUGCUGCGCCCAGCACGCCUCCGCACCCGCAGCGAGGGCGACGCCAACUCCCUCCACGCCUUCCCCAGCAAGCGGGACCUCCUGUACCCGGACGGGGCACACGUUCGGGACCAGCGCGGCCAGGACGGUGGCGGCGGCGGCUUCUGGAAGCUCCUCACCAGCCGCCUCCGGCGCCGGGAACGCUACGACGGCCGCUCCUUUAGUCCCCUGGAGCCCCGCAGCGGCUCCUCCUCCGCCUCCCUGUGGAGCCGGCAAGGCGCUGAGCCCGUCCUCGUGUCCGUUGGGAGCAGCAGCAGCAGCGGGUGGGCGCCGGAUUCCUUCGUGAACAGCCAGGAAUGGACCUUGAGCCGGUCAGUGCCGGAGCUCAAAGUGGGGAUUGUGGGAAAUCUGUCUAGUGGGAAGUCGGCCUUAGUUCAUCGCUAUCUGACAGGCACCUACGUACAGGAGGAGUCCCCAGAAGGUGGCCGGUUCAAGAAGGAGAUUGUCGUGGAUGGCCAAAGUUACCUGUUGCUGAUUCGUGAUGAAGGAGGGCCUCCUGAACUACAGUUCGCGGCCUGGGUGGACGCCGUGGUCUUUGUCUUCAGCCUGGAGGAUGAAAUCAGCUUCCAGACAGUCUAUAACUACUACCUGAGGCUCUGCAGCUGCCGCAACACGUCUGAGGUGCCCAUGGUGCUGGUGGGCACGCAAGAUGCCAUCAGUGCCGCCAACCCCCGCGUGAUCGAUGAUUCCCGUGCCAGGAAGCUCUCAAAUGACCUGAAGCGCUGCACCUACUAUGAGACCUGUGCCACCUACGGGCUCAAUGUGGAGCGGGUCUUCCAGGAUGUGGCCCAGAAGGUAGUGGCCCUGCGCAAGAAGCAACAGCUGUCCAUUGGGCCAUGCAAGUCGCUGCCCAACUCUCCCAGCCACUCCUCCGUCUCGGCUGCCUCCAUCCCGUCAGUGCACAUCAACCAGGCUGCGAAUGGGAGCGGGGCCUUCAGCGACUACUCUUCCUCCGUGCCCUCCACCCCCAGCAUCAGCCAGCGGGAGCUGCGGAUCGAGACCAUUGCCGCCUCCAACACCCCCACCCCCAUCCGCAAGCAGUCGAAGCGGCGCUCCAACAUCUUCACAUCUCGGAAAGGCACAGACAUCGAGCGGGAGAAGAAAGCCCUGGAGUGUAAGGCGGACACCAUCGGCAGUGGGCGGGCCAUUCCCAUUAAGCAGGGUGUCCUCCUGAAGCGCAGCAGCAAAUCUCUGAACAAGGAGUGGAAGAAGAAGUAUGUGACCUUGUGCGACAACGGAGUCCUGACCUACCACCCCAGCCUGCACGACUACAUGCAGAACAUCCACGGAAAGGAGAUUGACCUGCUGAGGACGACCGUGAAGGUUCCAGGCAAGAGGCUUCCGCGGGCAACAGCCACAGCUGCCCCCAGCGCCAGCCCCAAAGCCAACGGGCUGGCCAAGGAGCGGAGCAGCACACAGUUUCCCGGCGGCUCCAGUGCCCCCCACUCAGCCAGCAGCACCUCCCUGCACUCGGAGCGCUCGGGCAGCGGCACCAACUUGGUCGGCUUCAGCACAAAGCCAGAAGGCGGCAGCGGUGGCAUGCAUCAGCGGUCCUAUUCGGUCUCCAGUGCAGACCAGUGGAGUGAAGCAGUUGCCCUGCCCAGCAGCGUACCAAACCCAGCCAACGGCACCACAGAUUCCCUUACCUCCAGCCCCAAUGUGUCCAGCACUGCCAGUCCCAAGCCUGAGCCCCCACCAUCACCCCACGCCAACAGGAAGAAGCAUCGCCGGAAAAAAAGCACAGGCACCAGCCGGCCGGACGGGGCCAGUUUGGUGGCUGAAGAGCAAGAUGAGUCCUUUGAGUUCAUCAUCGUGUCUCUGACUGGCCAGUCCUGGCUCUUUGAGGCAUCCACAGCAGAGGAACGGGAGCUCUGGGUGCAAGCCGUUGAGAGCCAGAUCCUGGCGAGUCUCCAGGGCUGCGAGAGCAGCAAGAACAAGGCUCGGCUGGGUAGCCACAGCGACAUGCUCGCUCUCCAGUCCAUCCGCACAGUGCGCGGAAACAGCUUCUGCGUGGAUUGCGAUGCACCCAACCCGGACUGGGCCAGCUUGAAUCUGGGGGCCCUCAUUUGCAUUGAGUGCUCGGGCAUCCAUCGAAACCUGGGCACACACCUCUCACGCGUCCGCUCCCUUGACUUGGACGACUGGCCUCUGGAGCUGGUGAUGGUGAUGACUGCCAUCGGCAACAUGCUGGCCAAUUCUGUGUGGGAAGGUGCCAUUGAGAACUACCCCAAGCCAGGCCCUGAGAGCUGCAGAGAGGAGAAGGAGCGCUGGAUCCGGGCCAAGUACGAGCAGAAACUCUUCCUGGCCCCCUUGCCUCACUCGGACGUGCCCCUGGGCCAGCAGCUGCUCCGGGCUGUGGUGGAGGAUGAUCUGCGGGCUGUGGUCACUCUGCUUGCCCACGGCACCAAGGAGGAAGUGAAUGAGACCUACGGCGACGGGGACGGACGGACAGCUCUGCACCUCUCCAGUGCCAUGGCCAAUGUGGUCUUCACGCAGCUCCUCAUCUGGUAUGGAGUGGAUGUGAAAAGCCGCGAUGCCCGAGGCCUGAGCCCGCUUUCCUACGCACGCCGCGCCGGCAGCCAGGAAUGUGUGGACCUUCUGCUGCAGCACGGAUGCCCCAGUGACGCCACCAGCAACCUGAGCUCCUUCACCCCGAGCUUGCCGCACCGGAACAUGAACAACAAUGCUGCCCCCUCCUUCUCCCCCGAGCCCCCUUCCCCCACUGCCCACUGAGCGCUCUCCCUGUUCGAUCUCUGGCAGCCGGGCUGCCCUAGGGGGCCCACAGCCACACGUCAGGGGCCAGUCCCGGUGUAUAGAUUAGCCAGCGGGCUGGUCUUGCACAGAGGCACCAGCCUUUGCUAUCCCAGCGGUCAGGCCUCCUCUGAGUGGGCAACUUCACCCUCCUUCCCCUCCCGCAGAAAAAAGGGAACAGGGUCCCCCAGAGGGCCCAGAGUAAAAGGAACCCCCUGUGCCUCACCCUGGCUGCACUGGUUGUCAGUAAUAUAGCGCCCCUAUCCCUCCUCCACCCCCCUCCAAUGCCCCCUGCUGCCGCCUUCCUGGGCCAGGCCAGGGGGCCUCCUUUGUGGAUGCUGCUUCCUCCUCUCACCUUCCCGUCUUGGCCACUUGUGUAUAAAAUGUACAUUGGAAAUAUUUA